AUGCAAUCGAAUAUCGCCAAAGGAACUUUCAAAAAAUCACCAAACUUUGAGAAUAUCCACAAAAGUACACCAUUCGUCCAUCCAAAACCUGUUUGCACUACAUACUCACCUCCACCUCCUGAUAUUAUAAUGGCAAAGAAGAAUGCAUUGAGACUGGAAAUUGUCAAACAAUUAAUAUUGUCGCCUUCGCGAAAUAUCAUUUGGGUGACUAGGCGAACUAAUCAAGAACUUACUUUCAAAGAUAUGACCAUUGUCUGUAACAUUUGUCAAUUUCUCCAACAGUCCAG